AUGUGGAACGUUGCGGACAAAUCUUGCCCCAGCCAUUGGGGACCAUCCCAGACUGCUCUGCUUCUGCUCGACUUUCACUCCAUGUUCGUCUCGCGCGUGCCUGGCGGCGGUCCCGCAGCCGUCAAAACUGCAGCUGAAAUGAAGGCGUGGGCCAAGUCCACGGGCAUCAAGGUCAUCCACGCCCUGAUCGACAUCAAUGCCUCGCCCUUCGAAACCUGCAAGGACUCUGGAAGGUUCGCCACUAUUGUCGAUGCUAUGGGGAAAACCGGUGGCGCUGAAUGCCCCGAGCUGCUUGAAGACGCCGAUGACGAGGUUACUUUCCUCCGCCGACCCGGUUACGUCUCUGCCCUCAAGUCGCCUGGUCUCGAAGACUACCUGAAGGAGAAUGGUAUCAGGUCGCUGCUGCUUGCUGGCUUCAGCACGUCUGGGUGUGUUACGCGAACAGCAAUUCCCGCCUGUGACGAGGAAUACGUGGUGACUACCAUUUCUGAUGCCUGUGCCGAUCCCGAUGAUGAGUUGCACAGAAUCAUGCUCGAGAAGGUUCUGAACAACCGCGGAUAUGUCGCAACCGCCAUUGAGAUCCAGAAGGGCUAUGAGAAGGUUUCCAGUGGUAACUGA